AUGGAACAAAAUCUCAAGUUGGGUUUGAGCAAAAGUGAUUUUCUUCCCAAUCCGGAAGUGUAUAGGCAUUUGGUAGGUCGUCUGAUUUAUCUUCUUAUAACACGUCCGGAAUUGUCAUAUUCAGUUCAGCACCUGUCCCAGUUCAUGAAAACGCCAAGAAUUGAUCAUAUGGAAGCUGCAUUGCGUGUUGUAAGAUACUUAAAGGGUACUCCGCGUCAAGGCAUUUUCUUAAGCUCAAAUUCUGACUUGACUCUAACCGCGUAUUGGGACUCGAACUACAACUCGUGUCCACUUACACGUCGCUCGUUGAGUGGUUAUGUUAUGUUUCUCGGUGGAUCUCUUAUAUCUUGGAAGACUAAGAAGCAAGAUAAGGUGUCCCACUCAUCUUCUGAAGCUGAGUAUCGCUCCAUGAGAAAUGCAUUGACAGAGGUGUUAUGGCUUCAGAAAUUGUUUGUUGAUUUGGGCUGUUCUCCAACAAAGCCAAUUCAUUUGUUUUGUGAUAGUGAAGCUGCUAUUCAUAUAUCGUCUAAUCCAGUGUUUCUUGAGCGCACUAAACAUAUUGAAUCUGAUUGUCAUGCUGUUAGAGAUGUGGUACAAGAUGGGACUCUCACAAUGGUUCAUAUUGGUACCCGUGAUCAGAUUGCGGACAUUUUUACCAAGGCGUUGGGACGUGUUCCAUUUGAAAAACUAUCAUCCAAGUUGGGCAUUUGUGAUCUCCAUGCUCCAACUUGA